UAUUUAGUGGAUCUGAAGUUGGUCACGUCCUUGUCCUCGCAAAAAGAAUUUAUUUGUUUGGGACACGAGUAAUUUGGGUGUAUAGAAUGCUGUACACUUUCCGGAAUACAUGUUUGUGGUAUGCAAGCUCAGGCGGUUUGUGAGGAGUAGUAAUGCCACAAGUGUCUUUAUUACUAGGGAAAGGAAUGUUAUCGACCGAUCUGACCCGUCAGUUGGUCGGUUUCCCAGGUUUCGUUAGUGGUAUCACCAUUUACCGCAAAUUUGCUAAGGAUUUCCGUUAAUUCUAUCAGCCGUAAUGAAAAGACCAGUAGCAGUAGCAAUCACCUUAAUGAAUUGACAAUUGUCAUCCGGUGGAAAAAAACUGGGAACACGAAGAGGGACAUUCCAAGUUCUUCCAAAAGUUCGACUGCGUCCUUGUGUCCACAUAACAGUGGACGGGGCGAAGUAGUUGAAGAAGAUAUGCAGUAAAUGUCUUCAUUGAAGGAUCAAAGCUCAGGGGAUAGUUGGAACGAGAGUAUUAUGUCUGUCUGAGUGCAUUAUCCUCAUUAAUUCUAAUUUCAUGCUACCAAAGCACUGUAAUGUCAGAAUUUAUUAAGAGGAAUUAUUUUUGAAUUAAUGUGGCAUAUAUCAAGAGCAUAUUUACAUUUUUCCGCACACUCAAAUGAAAUUCGACCGCUUAACUUCAUAACAUCUCUAUUAAAGAGUCUAUUAGUUGUUCGUUAUUAUUAUGAGAGAAGUAGUUAAUAGUUAAUAAUAAAGAAGUAGUAAGUACUUUCUCUACUCGACUUGCAUUCCUGCUCUCUGAGAGUACUCAUCAGGAACUCGGUGGGACGGCAAUUCAAUUUCCUUACGUACAGCUGCAACCGAAACUAUUGGUUCGGAACAGCUGGUACGACAGCUGGUCGUGUCGCAGUAGAGAGAAAACAGACUGCCUAACGAAAAACUGAUGAACUGAUAAGGUGCAUGCAUCAGCUUCCUUAUAGAAUAUGGUCGGACGAAAGCAUGUCCCAUGAUUGAAACCUACGUGUACUUUGCCCAACCUACAAAAAGCAAGACCCUACAAUCUGCGCCUCUAUGCCGCUAUGUCUGAAUUUGGAAUCCCCUCAAAACUAAUACAGCUGUGAAAACUGACAUUGACCAAUACCGAAAGCUCCGUCAGGAUCGGGUAGGAGCUCUUCGAGCCGUUCGAUACCAAACGAGGUCUCACUAUCGUACGACUUUUUCAAUCUGUUGCUGAAGAAAAUAUUACGAGCCGCAGAACUUAAUAGAGAAGGCAUAAUCUUCGGCGUACGCCGAUAAUAUUGAUAACAUUGGCAGUAACAACCAACAGGUGAUAUUUUGGACUGAGUAGGAAAUUUAAAAGUAAAAUCUGUCGACGAACAAAAGCCAAACACUACAAGUCCCUCAUCAUUCUCGUUCUGCUGUAUGGUGCAACAUCCGAUGAAAUGGCAAUAGGAGUUUUCGAGAGAAAGGUUUUGCGGAAGAUUAAUGAUCCUUUAAACAUUGUUGCCCGAAUGAACGAAAGCGCUGUUGUAAACUCGGAUAUAAUCGCGUAAGCGGUGUCUACGCCAGUUAAAAAGAAGAAGUUGCAAGUACUUUCAUAUAAUUGGAAGAUUAUCAUUACUUACUUAUUAAUGAAUCAUUAGCCUUUUUUAUGGUUAUAAAAUAACUCAAAUUUACACGAAUUACAUUUUCGCCCCAGUACCUCGACCUAAAAAGAUAUGUUUACCAAAUUAAAAGUCACAUUAAUUCAGCGUAAUCCUAUUGUCAUAUACUAUUAACGCAGAUCAUUAAAAUUUAAUCUAAAUAUUACAAAUAGGAAAAUUGCGUGUUAUUACCAACCUUGCAGUACGCUUGAUACUUAUUUGUACUACCUUUCCCAUAAACGUUAAGCUAAUUGAAUGUGCCGACACACAACUAACUUUAAUAUAUGUAUGUACAUAUGUAUGUAUUAAGCGAUGCUUCAAUCCAAAGAUUUUAAUCUUUUGAAGAUAAAGAUUUGAUUUUUUCUUUGUAAAAGAAUGGAAAUUAUUGUCCAUAUUGAUCCAUCUAAAGGUCUAAGCUCUUUUGACUAAGCAAAUGAGUCUCCAAAUACACAUCUGGACAAAAUCUCUGACGAUAAAAUUACCCAUAUCAAACAGAAUUUUAUAAAAUAAACAUAUAAAUUUUAAAUUUUUAACAUUAAACAGCAUUGUAGUUAAUAAAAAAUAUUCACACAACGUCGCAUGAAGGUAUUAGCUUCGUGCUAGCCAAAAAUGUUUAAGGUGCACUUUUUUGACAUUUGAAGGUCGACACUAUCAAUUUAGUAUAUUUGUUGGGAAACAUUCAUACAUAUAUUAUAAGAGUGUUGAUAGUUUAGCUUAUGCACGUCAUUUACAUUGACUACUGUUUCGUUUACAACCCCAACACUUAUUUUAACACGAUAUUUAUACAUAAAUGAAAACCAAAAACUUUGAUUGUCUUGAAAAUAUAAGUUACACACCUAUAUAUAUAUAUACAUAUAUAUAUAAACAUAUAUAACAUUUAUUCACACAGUUUUAACUUGAUAAUUCGAUCAUAUGUAUAUUCUACUAAAUAUUUGAUAUAUGCGUCAUGAUUAAGAGUCGACUUAAUAUAUAUAUAUAACUCAUGUAUAUGUAUAUAAUUUCGACGAUUCGAAAUGGCAACUGUUCACUAUAUCGAGAUGGAAAUGUAUAUGAACACAGAGGAGUAGCCCAACAAAAGUUUAAAUAAUGCUUAACUAUAAAAUUGGCAUAUGCUCUCAUAUUUUUCUAUAAUCAUUGGUUAGAACUAAUUAGAGUAAGUAGAAUUCUAUGAUUUUAAUCGAUUGAUUAUAUUUACACUACCAAGUAUAUAUCUAAAUAAACUAUUUUUACGGUAAAUAAUAGGUUUAGAAAAUUGUAUAGUGAUGUUAAUUUACUCAAAACAACACUUAACACUUUUCCAUUCUCCACAUUUGAUGACCUCUUUGAAGUUAUCUUUUUGGGAUCUAAACGCUGUAAAUAUCAGCUAACACGAAUAUUAGUGAAAACAUAAUGAACACCUUGAAUUUCAACAAAUAAUUUCGUUUAAUAUAAAUAGUAUACCCUUUUCACUAAGCUCCUGUAUUGAUUGUACAUAUGUAUAUAUGUACCUAUCAGGGUGGUAUUUAUACAAUACUAUGUAAGCUUUAAGUAUUAUGAUAUUUCAUUCGUUUCUACACCCGGCUGUAAAAAAUGUGAAUACCAUACAGAUGCUAGUAUCGACUUGGGUGCCGAAUUAGGUGGUAGUUGAAGUUGAAGCUCAGAGCAAACUUUUUUUUAAAUAUAUUUUUGUAGAAAUAUACUUACUUUUACGCAAUUUAAAAUGGUUCAUACAAAUGUUUACAUAUACGCAACAAAACCUAGUAUACAUAUAUAGUGAAUGUUAAUGAGUUAUUUAAUGAGUUUUUCAUUAAUAUUUUUAAGUAUAAGUCGAUUAUUGGUAUAAUGUUAUCUAAAGACACUAUAUGUGCAUAAGAAGUGCAAACAUCUGAAAAUCCACCGGUAUACAAGUAAACCACCGUUGUUAUUUACCCGCGUUGUGUAAAUUUGCAAACCACUGCUUUACUUUGUGAAAUAUAUAUGCGCAUACUUGAAAACAAAGCAUAAUAUCCACAUAAUACAAUUAAUACAACAGGAGUAUCCGAAAAUAAUAGCUCCAAUGACCAUGUGGAAUAAGAAGAGUAAUAACAACGAUAAGAAUCAAUCAUUUUCUGAAUCUGAUUUAACAGAUCCAUAUAGGUUGUCCAGGUUUUGCAUCACACAUCCACAUGAAUAUCUUUCCAUAGAUGACUUAAAUCUUUUCAGAAGAAAGAAGUAUCCAUCGGGCUUCCACACUAAAAUCACUGUAUACCCACAGACAAAUGAUGGACCAGGGCUUCCAUUUUACUCCCUUGAAUCCGAAUACAGUUGGCAAUUCAAAAACCGAUAUUUCAGAUUGAAGCCAAGUCUUUUAAGACGAUCUACAUCUUUACAUUUAGAUGGACUAAUGCAAAACAAAUCUGAACAUCAAGAACAAUUCCAAGUAUAUACACUUGCAGACUACAAACUGUCCCACGGUAGUCUUAUUAAAAAGGCAGAAAAUUUGUUUUUGAGCGGUAUUAUUAAUAUGGAACCAGAAUAUCGUUCAUCUUAUAUUUCCUAUCCAAUGGUUAACCGCACCUCAAAAAUAUUGCCACGAGAAGCUUUUCAUCUGUUUUCCGAAGCUACUGAUAAAAACCCAAAACAUGAAGAGGGGAAGGAUACUAUCGCCCCAUCUGAAUAUAAGGAACAGUUCGUGCGAUUCCCUAUUGAAAGAGCACGCUCUAUACCUCAAAUAAGUCAUCUCAAAAUACAAGGUGAAUUCGGUGGUGUGCCAGAAUAUAAAGAUAGUUUUAAAACCUACGAAACCUACUCAAAGAGCGCACCCAUUAAAAAAGGCGAUACUUUACGAAUGUCUAGUGCUCAAGAAGUUGAUGCAAUGCCAGAGUAUCGCACGAAAUUUAGAAAUCCAACAGAAGUUGUAUCAAAGGGAAAAUUACUCAAAAUCGACAGUCAUAUACAUGCAUGUGGUCAAAUCUCAAAAGACCUACCGGAAUAUGAUGAAAGCUUCCGAGAUUCACAGAUUAAACAGAUGCCCGAACGUGGAAAAUGUCGUGAACCAUAUUUGCGACUUAAAGGUAAAAUUGAAUUUAAUCCUGAAUAUAAAAACACUUUUUUGGAUUUUCCACGUUCACGCCCAGUCACACGAAAACCAGCUUCCACAUUACUAUUAUCAAACCCAUUAAGUACAUCAAAGACGACGUCUAUAAAAAAUCUAAAACACGCACAACAUUCAAAUUUGAAGACAUGUUCAACAAGUGUAUGCACAAACAACGAAGCCUCGUCCUCAGAUAUUAUCGUAACGCCAGAAUAUCGUCGUGCCAACUAUCAAUAUCAGAUGCGUGAACGGACGCCCGUAAGGAAUGCAAGCCAUAGCAAAGGUGGUGAUUUUGAAGUGGGUCUGGAAACUAAAACCAAAUUUUUAUCUAGUUUGACAGAACGAAAAAGUUCUCAUGUUUCGACGGAUAUGGCUGGUAAGCAGAAGCGACGUAUUUUGUGUAAUCGACACAAAUCUAAUGAGCAUCAACAAGGAGCAACUUCGGUAAGGGUGAUACCUUGUGCAACGAAAAAUGUCCCAAAGUUUGGUAGACGUGCUUCUGUACUCCCUAAUUCAUCGAAUUUCGGAGCUUCUAUUUCAGAUCGGGCAACUAGCGAUAACACUUUUGUAGUGUUAAAUGAACCCUAUAAGCAAUCUCACUGGACAAAAAAGUCAUGGUAUGAAUCAUAAACUUUGU